AUGGAGAAAUACGUGAAGGUGCGUAAGAUUGGUCAAGGAAGUUAUGGAAGUGCCUACUUGGCGACGCGAAAGACUACGGAUUCGACUGAGCAGAAGCAUCAGUUUGUUAUCAAAGAGAUUGUGCUGGAUCCUCGCGACCAGGCAAACGCUCAACGAGAAGCUCGACUGCUAGCAGCGCUGGAUCAUCCCAACAUUAUUUCUUGCAAAGAGAGCUUCUUACUCAAGCCAUCGGUCACUAACUUGGCAUACCUAGGACGUCAUCACCAGCGUCCGACGGUGUUGUGUAUCGUAACGGAGUUUGCAGACGGCGGAGACUUGAGCAACGAAUUAGAGCGACGAGCCAGGCGUGGGACCUACUUCGAACCCGAUGAACUAUUGGGUCUCUUCGUGCAGGUUUGCCUGGCACUCAAGCAUCUUCACGACCGCAAAAUACUUCACCGCGAUGUGAAACCUGCCAACAUUUUCCUUACAAAAUCGGGUGUCGUGAAGGUGGGAGACCUGGGAGUUGCUACAGUGCUAAGUCACACGUUAGCGUGUGCACAGACUUCUAUUGGAACACCGUACUACACAGCCCCUGAAAUCUGCCUGGGUAAACGUUACAACGCCAAAGCCGACGUCUGGAGUCUAGGAUGUGUAUUGUUCGAGAUGGUCUCGUUCAUCCACGUGUUUGACGGUCGUAGUCAACGACAAUUGUUUGAUAACAUCGUACGCGGAGUGACUCCACAGUUACCAUCAUGUGGGAAGCUAAACAGCAUCAAGAAAGAGCUCCAAGCUUUGGUCGACGACAUGUUAAGAAAGGAACCACGUGCACGACCAAGUGUGAACCAACUCAUCCGUCGACCUCUCGUCUUGGCUCGAAUUCAAACCUUCUUAUCAGCUCAUGCGCUCGCCUCGGAGUUGAAUCACACGGUGCUCCAUGGAGAGAAUAUCUUCCGAAAGAAAAUUACACUUGAAGACAAACCCAUAACGAUCGCUCAGCAGAUACGCCGAGCAGAACCAGUAGCUCGAGUUCCGUCAAUGAACGCAGUUAUUAAACCUUCUCGGCAGCAACAAAAACCGAGGAGAACACCCGAGAGAGUGGGGUCUCUGUUAGGUGCAAGCCGGAAAGCUCGAGGACUGCCUUCCGGCGCUUUCAGGCGCAUUCAAAAACUGGCCCAACCAGCUCGAGUUCCUGUCAACAAAGCGAACGUUGCUAAACAACGUGCGGUACCUACGAAGACAAAACGAUUAGGAUCUCAAGCUUCGGUUCAGGUUAAGGCGAAGCUCAAGGCGCAAAUCGAAGCAAAUAAAGCCGCUGCUGCCGCUGUGGCUGCACUUCCUCACCCUCCAACCAUCUCGAAGGCAAGCGACCAAGACCACGCUAAAGCUCACAAUGGGAUAUCGGAACGUGCAGCUGCAUUCAACGCAAAGUGGGCUGCCCAGAAAGAGGAGCUAGUGAAGAAUCUGCCGCCUCCUGCUCCUUCUAAAGCCAUCGCGAAGAAUAUUGGCGUCUCGAAACCAAAACCAUCUGCACGAGCGUAUCCGAAGCCAGUGGUCAUCGGUAAAACACUCAAAACAAGUAAACAAACUCCAACUCCAGCAUCAGCGGGAAUUCGUCGCCAACCUGCGAAGCAGAAAACCCCAAUAUCAGCACCAAAAACUCGAGGCUCUGCAGUCGUUAAUAAGAGUCAACCUUCGCUUCGUGAACACCGACUCGAGUUCCAGCGUAAGAACCGUGAUAAACCUCGCCUUGCAAUGGCAUCGCCACUAGACGACCCAGUCAUCUUGGUCCAGCAGCUACCAGACUUCAAAACACCAGUAACUGUAUCUCCCCCACCAGCCCCAACAACUCUCACUUCAUCCUUACCAGAAUGUGCAGACAAGGAUCCUCCAACCCCAAACCAAGACGAUGAACAAGACCAAGACUUAACGUCUUUACCCUGGAUGGCCAAUCUGGAAUUCGAGCGGAUGGUCCUUCAAUUGAAAAGCGCUAUCGAGUCUGACACUACGAGCGAUGACGAAGACGAUGAAGAUGAAAAUUCGACUGAAGGCUUCGAUCCUAACGUGUCUCCUCCGCCAUACUCAACUGCCCCAACACCUUCACUAGAAUCCUUAAACACUUCGGUUCUAGAAGACCCAAAGUUUCGUUCGGCACUUCAAAAGCGUCUUCAGCAGCACAAGAACGCUGCAGCUACUAGCGACCAAGUUAAGGAAGAUGACGCCGACGUUGCUGUUGAUCCAGCACAACGAGCUACACUUGAGUGGAUGCAGACCUACAUCACGUCGCUACUAUAA